AAAUUAAUAAAAAAAAAACAGAAAUUACCUUGAUAUUACAUGACAGCAGUCAAUAAUAAUUAUAUACGUCAUACAAACUUUUAACCUUUAAAUUUUCAAAGUGUACUUUGAACUUUUUCAAAUGGAUAUGAAAUCAUAUGUGUAAUUGCAUAACUAAUAUAAUAUUUAUAUUCAAACCAUAAAAUAUUAUAUUUAUCAGAUAAAAUGGGAAACAAAUCUAGUCUUCUAUUACGUGAAGAAGAAAUAGCUCAAAUUCAAGAAGCAACAGGAUUUACUCCAAAUCAGAUUGAACGCUUGUAUAGCCGGUUUACUAGUCUGGAUCGUGGAGACUGUGGUACAUUAAGUCGAGAAGAUUUUCUCAGGAUUCCUGAACUUGCAAUAAAUCCACUUGGUGACAGAAUAGUGAAUGCCUUUUUUGAUGAAAGCGGAAAUGAUAGAGUUAAUUUUUUACAAUUCAUGCAAGUACUAGCACAUUUUAGACCGAUAAAAAAAAACAGUCCCAAUAGAUUAAAUUCAAGACAAGAAAAAUUAAAGUUUGCUUUUAAAAUGUAUGACUUGGAUAAUGACGAUUUAAUAUCUAAAGAUGAACUACUGGCUAUUUUACACAUGAUGGUUGGAGCUAAUAUUAGUGCGGAACAACUCACUAGCAUUGCAGAACGUACAAUUCUUGAAGCUGAUGAAAAUGGAGAUGGUAUGAUUUCUUUGGAAGAAUUUUGCAAGGUAUUGGAACGAACAGAUGUUGAACAGAAAAUGUCUAUAAGAUUUCUUAGCUAAAUUUAUCGUAUAUUCUAAAAUUUAUUAUAGAGGAAUAUUAAUACAUCUAA